ACUUCCUUCCCAGCAGCACCUGCAUCCUCCACCUCAAUCUCCAGGCAUUUACGAGUCCAGAUCCUGAAAGGAAAGGCAUUUCGAUGGCUCCCACGGUGGCGGCGGAGGCAGCGGCUACGGCGGCGAAGCCGCAGCACACGGGGAAGGCGGCGGCGCUCGCGGCGCACGACGCGUCCGGCCACCUCGCGCCGCUCACCAUCACCCGCAGGAGCACCGGGGAUGAUGAUGUAGCGAUAAAGAUUUUGUACUGUGGGAUCUGUCACUCUGACCUGCACAGCAUCAAGAACGAGUGGCAUAACGCCAUGUACCCCGUCGUCCCUGGUCACGAGAUCGCCGGAGUGGUGACGGAGGUGGGCAAGAACGUGACCAAGUUCAAGGCCGGCGACCGCGUCGGCGUGGGCUGCAUCGUGAACUCGUGCCAGUCCUGCGAUAGCUGCAACGAGGGUUUCGAGAACCACUGCCGGGGCAUGAUCUUCACCUACAACUCCGUCGACCUCGACGGCACCGUCACCUACGGCGGCUACUCGAGCAACGUGGUGGUCCACGAGCGGUUCGUGGUCAGGUUCCCUGAUGCCAUGCCGCUGGACCAGGGCGCGCCGCUGCUGUGCGCGGGCAUCACCGUGUACAGCCCCAUGAAGCACCACGGUCUGAACGUGCCCGGGAAGCAUGUUGGUGUGGUGGGCCUGGGAGGGCUGGGUCACGUCGCUGUCAAGUUCGCCAAGGCGUUCGGGAUGAAGGUUACGGUGAUCAGCUCGUCGCCGGCAAAGAAGCAGGAGGCCCUGGAGCGCCAUGGUGCUGACGCCUUCAUCGUCAGCAGGAACGACGACGAAAUGAAGGCUGCGGCUGGCACCAUGGAUGGCAUCAUCAACACGGUGUCCGCCAACAUCCCCAUGGCCCCAUACAUGAGCAUGCUGAAGCCCUACGGCAAAAUGAUCAUGGUCGGCCUGCCCGACAAGCCACUGGAGAUCCCGCCGUUUGAUCUCAUGACGGGGAGCAAGACCCUGGCGGGGAGCUGCAUCGGCGGCAUGAGGGACACGCAGGAGAUGAUCGACGUGGCGGCGAAGCACGGCGUGACGGCGGACAUCGAGGUGGUGGGAGCGGACUACGUGAACACGGCCAUGGAGCGCCUCGCCAAGGCCGACGUCAGGUACCGCUUCGUCAUCGACAUCGGCAACACCCUCAAGAGCUCCGACUGAUCACAAUCUCACAUUGGCGCGCAGCAGUUUCUGCUGUUUCUGCUUGUCUUUUUCGUGUCAGCGAUAUUGUAGCGGGGUCGGAGAUAUACAUGUAGUGUAUUCAUUACUGUGUUGGUUAUGUUCAAAUAAUGCAGCGUAAUAACAUGUUAAUGUAAAUGUUGCUGAGGGUGGAUGAAUUGGUUGUUCCUGUAAAACGUGCUAUGUUUUUUCAUUUC